UUAACAUCCCCCAUACUUUACUUAGUUAAGUAUAUCAUAGAAAUAGACAUACAAAUUAGUGUAGUGUAGUAUUCAACAAUGUCUGCUGCCGAUAAAAUCAGAGCCGAAGUAGCAGAUGAGAAGGAUGUUUUAGAUUUUAUUAAUUCUUUACCAGAUUCUAAGUCAGGUACUCCUAAACCUCAAUUAUCGACUAAUGAAUCUAAUACUAAAAGUAAUAGUAAAGAUAAUAAUGGAGAUGGUAAUGAAGAAGAUUUUUUAGAAUUUUUAGAUGAAUUGGCUCAACAUGAGAAAAAAUCAGGUACUGGAACUAAUUUAUCUACUGGAAUUCCAAGUAAAUUAGAACCUAAAAAGAAAGAAGUUGUUGAAGUUAAUCUUGAUGAAGAAUAUACUACAACAACUGAAACUGAAAAGACAACUCCAACAACUACUGAAUCAUCAGCUAAUGAAGAAAUUAAUGUUCCUGAUCCAAUUAGUUCAAUUACUAAUUGGUGGUCUAAAGUAGAAGGAACGACUAAAGUUAAUAGUCUUUGGGAUACAAUUGCAUCAAAUGCUCAAAAUAUUGGUGAACAAACUUACCAAUUAGCUAGUACAACAACAAAUCAAUUAAAUCAACAACGACAACAAAAUAGUUUAAAGUUUAAUGAUUUACUUGAAAAUGUUAAACAUAUCAUAUUAGAUGAUGAAGAUGAUGAAAAUUAUAAUGAUGAUGAUGAUGAUAAUAAUGAUAAUGAUGAUAAAUAUGAUGAUUAUUUACGCGUGAUUGUUAUAUAUGAUAUAUUAAAUUUAGGUUAUAUUCGUCAAUUAAUUAAUCAAAACUUCAAAACUAUAAUGAGACAAGUUGAAGGUGAUAUUAAAAUUAGAGUAAUUGAUCAUAAUAAAGGUCGUCGUUUAUCAUUACCUAGUGAAGGUGGUAAAUUAAAUAUGUUUUAUGGUAAAAUUAUUGAUGGAGAGAAAUUAUGUUUUGCUAAUUUAGAUUCAACAAUUAAAGAUUUUAAGAAUAAAUUAGAUGGUAAGACUGAAGAACAAAGAGCUAGACAUCUUAAAAGAUCAAAUAUUUUUAUAUCUAUUCAACCAAUUACUAGUAAGAUUGAAGGAUCAGGUGAUAAUAAACAAAAUCAAGAUGCUGCUGAUGAUGAUGAUGAUGAUAAAGCUAUACUUAUUGAAAGUAAUAAUGCUGAUCUGUUUUCAUUCACUAUUAUCUUAAAGGAUGUAACUAAUAAUAUUACUAUAAUUACUAAAACUCAACCAUUCCCAUUAAAAUGGGCUAAAUGGUUAGAUGGCGAAGAUAGAGAUGUAUUUAAGAAUGAAGGAGAAGGAGAAGGAGAAGGAGAAGGAGAACAAGAUGAAAAUAAUACUGAAAAUUUACCAGAAGAUUUAGGAAUUGAUCCAAGUGAAUGGGUUAAGGAUUGGAUUAAACAGGGAUUAAAUUUAAGUUUUUCAGUAUUAACUCAAGAAUAUAUAAUUAAGCGUAUGGGGAUAUAAUUAAUUAAUUAGUUUAUUAGUUUAUUAGUAUUUCAUAUAUUUAAAUUGAAUUAAAUUAUAUUAAAUUAUAUUAAGUUAUAUU